GGCAAUCUGAAUUCUUACUUUUCUGGCAAUUUCGGUACUGCAGCCGAAAGGUAAGUGCGGGGAGUUGUGACUGACUCUUGCAAUUUUUACCGUAGUUUUCUUUCGCCCUUACUGAACCUGAAUUUAUGCCUGAAAUCACAGCUUCAUUUCUUGCGACCCAUGUCCAUUCCGCAUUCAGCCGAUGUUAGCCCACUACUCUAUGAUAUGACUCCAGAGGAAAUUGUCGCUUCUAGGGGAAACCUUGUUACUGCAUUGCUUUCAACGAACGAGUCUCAAUCAGGAUAUCUGUACGCGAUCGAUCCCGUCGGUGGCACGGUGAUUCUCAAGCAUGAGACCGAGGACAAGGCCAUAGUGCUUUUACGGCAUCAUGUUAAAUCGAUUCAAGUUAACGCAGACAAUCGGUUAAGUCAAUCUCAGCUGGAAGAUUUAUUGGCUUCAGGUGUGGGGGCGGAGAGUUUAAAGCACGAUUCCGAGGCCAUGCGACAAAGAAAGCAGCAGGCUAUCAAUUUACUGGAAUCGAACCGCGUGCCAAUCAAAUACUCCUCUGACGAUAAAGACAUCUUAAUGUUGGACUCAGCUCGUUUGACACCUCCCUAUGUUCCAACGUCCAUACAGUGUGAUAACAGCAUCAUAUCAGAGAGGAUCAGUAAGAUUAUUCAGAGUAUGCCACCAUGGCAAUUUCAGUAGCGGACACAAACGGCCACACUCAAUGUUAGUGGUCUUCGGAGUGAUGAGGAAAAAAAAAUAAUUCCAAAUCUUCACAAGUACUCCGCUUCCAUGUUUAUUCAUUUUGUUCAACCUCUAGAUUAGUAUUGUAAGAUAAUGCAUAGACUCAAGUGUACAUUUAAAACUGCUUUAGAAAGGGAGAACAGUCUAUCUCAAAUACAUCGCUCAAGGAUGACUUUUGAAUCAAAGUAAAAACUAGAGCCGCGGCAAAAGUGUUUGAAAGCGGUAAU